AUGAACCUCACUCAACUCCAGGCUCUGGAGACAAUUAAUCCAACACCCCCACCACCGUGGCAGACACCAGCAUUUAUAGAAAUCGACAUUGAAGCAGACCACAACAAAGCUAAAGAGAAAGCAUCUGCUAGACAAAAAGCAGCCGGUAUCACAGUCUUCUCGGAUGCAUCAGGCCAACAGAAUGUUCUAGGAGCUGCAGCAGACACCACAGCAAGCCAACAGGAACCAGCAACUAUCCUCAGUGAUAGCAUGUCAGCAUUACAGGCUAUCUCGAAUGCACGGAACAAGUCAGGCCAGAGGAUUAUUUAA